UUAAGCACGCGCCCGGCCGGGCUCGACCACAUCAUCCGUCGACGCCGAGCUCCGAGUCUUCUCCGACACCGGCCGGCAGCAAUGGCCUGGUCUGCCUCUGCUCUGUCGUCGUCGGCUCCGACGGCCGCAGCCCUCGUCCUCCUGCAGCUGCUGGCAUCCUUCGCCUGCUGCUGCCGCGCCGCGCCGCCGGACGCGCUGGUGACUCGCCUCCCGGGGUUCGAGGGCGCCCGGCUCCCGUCGAAGCACUACGCCGGGUACGUGAUGGUGGACGAGGAGCUCGGGAGCAGGAUGUUCUACUACCUGGUGGAGUCGGAGCGCGACCCGGCCAGCGACCCCCUCGUGCUCUGGCUCAACGGCGGGCCAGGAUGCUCCAGCUUCGACGGCUUCGUCUACGAGCACGGGCCAUUCAACUUUGAGUCAGGAGGGUCAGCUGGAAGCCUACCAAAGCUUCAUCUCAACCCUUAUAGCUGGUCCAAGGUGUCUAGUGUGAUAUACUUGGACUCCCCUGUUGGUGUUGGUCUGUCAUAUGCUAAGGAUAAGUCCAAAGCUUAUACAACUGGCGACCUUCGGACUGCUAAUGAUUCUCAUACUUUUCUUCUCAAGUGGUUUCAGCUCUACCCUGAGUUCCAGACAAAUCCAUUUUACAUAGCCGGAGAAUCAUACGCCGGCAUUUAUGUUCCUACCCUUUCACAUGAAGUUGUCAAAGGAAUUCACAAAGAAGUCAAGCCAAGUAUAAAUUUUAAGGGCUACAUGGUUGGCAAUGGUGUAUGUGACACCGUCUUUGAUGGUAAUGCUCUUGUACCAUUCGCACACGGAAUGGGCCUGAUUUCAGAUGAUAUGUACAAGGAUGCCAGUUCUGCAUGUCAAGGAAAUUACUGGAAUGACUGUAGCAGUGCUAAAUGCCAAACAGCACUGUUGAAUGUCAAUGCGGCAAUUGCGGGAUUAAAUAUUUAUGACAUUCUUGAGCCAUGCUACCACAGCAAAAAUACCAAAAAAGUAACCCCACAAAAUAGCAGAACGCCUCAAAGUUUCAAAGAUCUUGGUGUAACUGACAAGCCCCUUCCAGUAAGAACAAGAAUGCUUGGACGGGCCUGGCCUUUGAGAGCUCCUGUAAGAGCCGGGCGUGUUCCAUCAUGGCAGGAAUUUGCCGUUACUGUUCCGUGUACGAAUGAUGAAGUUGCAACAGCAUGGUUGAACAAUGAUAGCGUCAGAUCUGCAAUUCAUGCCGAGCCAGUCAGUUCAAUUGGACCAUGGGUCUUAUGCACAAAUGCAUUAUUGAAUUUUGAUCAUGAUGCCGGGAGUAUGGUCACUUAUCACAAGAACCUUACAAGCCAGGGUUAUCGUGCUCUCAUUUACAGCGGUGACCAUGAUAUGUGUGUGCCUUACACUGGGACCGAAGCAUGGACUGCAUCUUUGGGCUAUGGAGUCAUUGAUUCAUGGCGACCAUGGAUCGUCGAUGAAGAAGUUUCUGGGUACACCCAAGUAUACGAAAAUGGUCUCACUUUUGCAACUAUUAAGGGUGCUGGGCACACAGUUCCUGAGUAUAAACCAAAGGAAGCAUUGGCUUUCUACAGCCGUUGGCUUGCUGGUUCUAAACUGUGAAACUCCUGAAUAUAAUGCAUCUGCGUAGGAUGGGGAAUCAAACAGAGCACAAUGUGAAGAAAUUGGAUAACCCAUACAACAAAUAAUGCACUCAAAGGAACGAAGUACCUAGAGCAGACUACAACGUCACAUUCUCUUGUUUUGCAAACACAUGUAUGCAAUAACUUUUUACAGGCAUUGUUCAUGCCUUCAUGGUGUGGCCAAACAUUUUGAAAUCAGAUAGUA